AAAAAAAAAAAAAAAAAAAAAAAAAAAAUGGCCCAAGAACAGCCUAAAAAAGAAGCGGGUAAACCAGAUCAACAACACACGUUCAAAUAUGGUGAUGUUUUUUACGUUUCGGGUCAAGCAGAAAAUAAACCCGUAUUACCUGAAGAUGCGUCUUCCAUGGAGUCUGCGGAGAAGAUAGUUAUGGGCCAUAGCCCAUAUGGUGGCCCGGCCUCCAGUAUGCGAACCACUGCCGAAGCUAAUGUACAAGCGGGCCUUGUUGACCCGAAUUCGCGUCGGACAACUGAAGGAAUUCGGGUCACUGAAUCCGGUGAUCAUGGUACCCGGAUUGUCACAGAAUCUGUCAAUGAUGAGGUAGUUGGGCAAUUCAUAGAGCCACAAUUUGCAGAAUCAACAACGCCAAAGGUGACAAUAGGAGAAACCCUUGAUGCUGUGGCACUCUAUGCUGGUGACCAGCCCAUCGACGACGCGGAUGCAGCCGCAAUAGCAGCUGCCGAGAAGAGGGCGGUAGGCGCUGAUCCCCCGCCUGGCUGGGGCCUUGGAGCUGAGGCUCGUUAUGCGGCAGAUCGCAAUGUUAGGGCACCCCGACCAGAAUUUAUGACUACUCUUGAUGAUGUUCUUAAGGAUGCUAGUCACAAGUUGGCGCGUGAUAAGGCAGUGACGACGGAAGACGCUAAAGUGGUAAUGGAAGCUGAAGUCUGUAACAAUCCAGAAAUGACAACCACCAUUGCUGGUGUGGGUGAGAUGAUGAGUGCAGCUGCAAGGCUUAAUCAAACCACGAAAUAAUCAAGUCAGUGAUGCUAUAUACGUAUUGUAAUCACUUCGUAGUUCGUACUACUAAUUAAUAAAUGCUCACAUGUUGCUUUGUUUAGUGUUCAUAAACUGCAUUUUGCUUCUGUUUUGGUUCAUUAGCAUUA